CUUUCGUUCGUCAACAUCCAUUGCAACAAAAGCCUCGGCUUUCUCCUCAUCUUCCAACGCUCCACAGGCAUCCAAAAACACAACAUCGUUCAUUCCUAGUAUUUCAUGCAGAGCAUCAACUAUCGCCUCAGAGGUCAGAGCUCCGCGUCCACCAUGAGCUAACUCUACUUGCUUGCCCCCAAGCAGUUUUUAUUAGAGCAAUACGAAUAACAUUCCGUUGCAGACAAUCAGUAUCUUCGUACCUUGGACGGGCUCCUUCAGUGCCGAGAGGAGAAGUGGAAGAAAGUGAGGUAUCUAUCAAGCAUGGAGAGAAAAGGCAAACGGAUCUUCUGGAUCAGUCGACGAUAGCGAAAGAUGAUUGGAGAAUCGUACAGUGGCUGGGACGGCAGGAAAAUGGCGCCUGGCGCUGGGAGAAAGAAGAUUUUUGGUGGAAAAUGGAAAUAACAAAGUGAAAAAUGGAAAUACUGAAGGCCCGCAGAGGCUGGGGCUUGAAUUGGCUGACGGUGCGGGCCUGUGCAACACUUGGCGGGCCUCUAGGUUUUCUUUGUUUUGUAGGCUGAUCAUUGAGAAAUUGUAAAAUGGCCCGGCCCAUUCACAACCAGGAACGUGCGCACUGCAGAAAACGCAGCAAGUAACCCGCAAAACCAGAGCCUCGGGAAGAGAGAGAGAGAGACGGGGAGGCCGACCGAGAAAACAGAGCAGCGCGAGGAGAGAGCCAUGGAAAAUGGCGAUCGACGAUGACGAAGACGGACAACGGCGAGGAAGAAGGAUUCGCGGAAUUCAUUACCUUCGCGCAUCCUCCUCCGUCGCCGAAUCCGGAAACCGUCAUCUCCGAGUUCCUCGGCACGGCCGCCAUGGCUUCCAAUUUCGACGACGAUGACUGGGGUGAUUUUGUCAAUUCCUCCGGAGGCGUAUUAUCACAAACGACGUCGCUCCCGCAGGUUCUCAACCAUUCUGAACUAUUCGGAAUCUAUAACGACGGCAAGCGUGACGAUGAUGCGCCGCCGAAACAGACGGAGGAUCAGCCUGGGUCAGCUCCUGGUCUGACGAAGUCUUCGGGAGCUCUGCCUCUUUCGCUGUUUGGAGAAAUGGAGGAGGACGGAGGAGGAGCAGGAGAACAGAAAGGGAGUUCGGUUGCCGAUUUUCCCCCGAGCGAGAAUGCGGAGUUCGUGAAGAAGACGGGUAAUCUAGAUGUUAACGAUUUGAUUGCUAAUUUAUACAAGCCGAACGGGAUCGGAGCAGGCUCUGUCCCGGCAAGUAAUGGAAAUCUAGGCGGGGCGAAUCCGAUUGGAUUGGAUCCGAGUUGGAGCUGGGGGAAUGCGUCUGCUAUGGGGAAUGGGGCGAGUUCGAUUUCGAAGCUAGCGAGCACGGACUCGGAUCCGUUGAAUAUGAAUUCAAAUGGGUGGAGAAUGAGCGGCAAUUCUGGUUCGGUUGUGCAAGGGUCGGAUUUGAGCUCAGAUGCGAUGAGCAAUGGUUCCAAUGCGGCGAAUGGGAAUGGAGGGUUUGAUGAGGAAGGUGAUGAUGAUGAUGGUUGGGAAUUCAUGGCCGCUGAAUCCAAAGUGGAAGAUAACGUCAAGCCAGAGCAGAUGAAGAAUCAGAAUGGGACGACUUUUCAUCGCAGUGAGCUGAACUCUAGUUGGAAUGAGGUCAAUUUGGACUUUUCGGGAUGGAAUACGAGUGCCAAUGGAGUUGAUCAGAAUGGCUUGAAUAAUGGCCCAGUUACUGAAAGGAAAGAGCUUGCUAGAAAUGAUGCUUGGGAGUUUGUUGUUGCAGGUGCCCCAGACGAGAAAAUCAAGAAUGUUGAUUCAAUAUCAGAGGAUGUCUCGAAGAUGAAUCUUAAGAGCUCUAAUUUAAGUUGGGAUCCACCGCAGCGUCCAGAUUCUAAUGGCUUGGCUUCAAGCAUAGGUGGAGUGAACGCUGAUGUGAUAAGUGUGAAUCCUGUAUUAUUGGAUGAAAUUGAUGGGUUUGCUGAUUCGGAUGGUUGGGCCUUCAAGAAAGCAGAAUUAGACUUGCAAGAUGCGGCAGGGAAGAUGGAAAAUGGCCCACAAAUGCAAUCUACUAUAUUUGAUUCAAGGCUGGAUAUUUCCGACUUGGAUGGUGGUGGUGGUGUGAAUCCAAACCUGUUUGCUACCGACUGGAAUUCGAAAGAAGAGAUUUCAGAUACAAAACAGUUGAACCCAAUUGUAGUCACUGAAACCGAGGAUCUUGAGGGUGGGGACGACUGGGAAUUCAAGGUUGCAGAAUCAGAAUCAAUGUCCAUUGAUUCGAGUAGUAAGGCUAUUGAAAUAACGCAUAGCGACAGCCAAGGAGCCCUGCCUCUGUCACUUUUUGGCGAUGAAGAAACAGAGCCCAAUGAUCCCGUCUUCUAUGAAGUCACUUCAGUUCAGAUUUCUGCUCCAGAAACAAGAGAGGAAAAUAAGGGUUUUAGUUCCGGUCUCUCUAUUCAUGAUCUAAUAUCAAGUUUAUACAGUGAAGUUGAGCAAACGGCUACGGUCGGUCACUUACAAGAUCAGGAUGAAAAUGGAUGGGGCUCCACAGGGAUUGCAUUGGCUUCCAAUUCAUCAAAUGAUGCUGCAAGUUUGGAUGAUGAUGAUGCCUGGGAGUUCAAAGAUGCCUCUCCAGUACCCAUGGCCGAGGAGCAAAUAUCUUUUCCGAAAGGUCCUCCAAUUAAGGCCAGUAACAUAGAGCUUUCUGAUUGGAUAGACUUAUUUACCAAACUGAAGGAAGAAUUAUGUCUGAUUGGAUUCCAACAUCUUGAAAAUAUGAAGCAAGCUCGUGGUGCUGCAGCUCUUGCUGGUGAGGAUGCUGAUUUAAGUAACAUGGAUAAGGAAAUACAGGAUAUGCAUAAUGGACUGCUCGAAUACGGCACUGUUCCCGAAGUUCAUUCAGGAGAUCAGUUGCUAUGUGAAAUACGAACCCGUGAAUUGUUUGAACUGUUGCUACACCCAAAGUUUCAAGUCAUUGAGUCAGAAUAUCAGUUAUCAGAAAAACUGUUGAAGGUUCAGAGCGACUCAAAUUCUACACUCCUACUUCUCAAGAAGGUGGUUUCAGUGAUGAAGAUUUUGACCUUAUUAUCUAGACAGGAACAAACUAGUUACUUUUCCACAUGGUCUAAGAUGCUCUAUCAAUGUGCCGAAGAGCUGAAACACGGGUCAAUGAUUUGGAGCCACUUGCUGCAAGAAAACAUCCAAGGUCAAGUUCUCUCAAACGUUGAAGGAAAGAGAUAUUUCCUUGCUCUUGGAGAAAUUUACAGAGUUUCUGAAGUUCUUCGAUGCACUGCCCGGCUUUAUAAGCCGUGGAUAUUGCUGGAACGGACUGACUCCAUAUCCAUCUAUUCCAUCAUGAACGAGUGUUCUGCUCUAUGGUCAAGCUCAGGACUGGAAGAAGCUCUCUUAAGCAUUUCUGAUGGUUCUGUGAAGGCAUUACUGGAAUCUGUUCAAUAUCUUCAUAAUCUCGAGGAUGAUACACUUUACGAGAUUGUGUUCUCCGGACAAGGCUACACCUGUCAACUCUCAGGUCUUAAUCCAGGAGUAGUGCCAGGGAUGGAAACCAUCGUCUGGAACGGGAGCCAUUACUUUGUCAAGCUUGCUAACUUAUGGGCUAAUUUGAUAAGUUGCGAUCCGCCAAAUCUGCCUCGCUUGCACGUCGGAUGAUGAUGACCAUUGCAGAGAUUUAGCGCAGACGUGCAGAGAUGAUGAUUAUUCUUUAGCAGAGACUACCCACUGAAAGCAGUCAUGGCGCCGUGGGUGAGUGCUCGAGCCGCGGUUACCCCCCUGCCUGCAACGAUUGGUCUUCGAGGAAGUCAAAGAAAGAAAGAACGGAGUAUUCUCAAUCCAAGCUUGCCGUGUGUUGCAUAUCGCCAUAUGAAUCUCGUUUGAGAAAAGUCAGGCAAGAUAUCUCUGAAGCCUCCCAUUCACAAUUUUUCCCCGCCCCUUUUAAGUGUUGUCCAUUCUUUGCACAGAGCGCAAGCUGUAACAUAGAAGCUUUUGGGUUUGUAGCCCCCAAUUUGCCAUGCCCAAGACCUUUGGGGGAGGGGUUGUUUGCCCUUGGGAUUUAAGGAUGUAUUCCUUUUCCUAUUUCCAUGUUGUAUUGUUUAAAAAAAUGGGCCUGUAAUAUUUGGAAUAAAAAUAUCUCGAUAUUGUUGCUUUUGAAAUGAAGAAAUUACUAUAAGUUUGAUUUCUUCCUUUCAUUUUAUUUUUUUUGGGUUAUAGGUAUAAUAUGCCCUUCUACUAUGAUGUUUUAUCAAACAUGUCUUUUUACUAUUUUUUACAUCAAACAUGCCCCUGUACAUUGUAAAAAUUAUCAAAGGGUUAUAGGUGUAAUAUGCCUCUCUACUAAUGACGUUUUAUCAAACAUGCUCCUCUACUAUUUUUUACAUCAAAUAUGCCUGUACUUCGAAAAAAUUAUCAAACAUGCCCUUCUGUUAAAAAUUUCAUUGAAAAAAUCGUCAAUCGUGGUUGAACUGAGAUUUAGACGACUCGACAUCGACAAAUGGGAGGAAAAAUGUCAGUUUUGUCCCUUGUUUUAUUUCCUUUGGCCUUUUCAAAGUGAAAUUAUUUGAAUGAUUUGAUUAAACAAAAGAACCAAAAAGAUUCUAAAGUGAAUUUAUUAGGGAUAUUUUAGUCAUUUGGGUCGCCCAAACUAAAGUUCGGCGUUGGUUAACGAUUUUUGGAUUAAAAUUUUAACAAAAGG